AUGGCGAUCACAAUACUAGCCCCUGUCGCGGAUGAUGUCGACGCGACGUACGCUGAGUCCGACUUUGACGAUAUGUCCGUUGACAGUGACGGCGGCGUUGAGCUCACACCAGCAAAAUCAUCACGGCCGACAAAGCGGCCUCGAUUAAUAGAAGGGGUGGAUAUUGGAACGGGAAUAAUCACACCAGGAGAGGUUGUUACGAAUGACCCGCAAUGGAUGAGACUAACGUCGUCCUUAUCGUCUAGAGGACAUGGAACAUAUACGAACCCUUUAUCCACGUCCAUUAUUGCCACAGUUGCCGGAACAGUCCAAAAGACCAACAAGCUACUUUCUGUUCAGCCGCUUCGGGCUCGUUACACGCCAGAAAUCGGUGAUUUGGUCGUUGGACGUAUAGUCGAAGUUCAGUCCAGACGGUGGAAGGUCGAUGUGGCAGCUCCUCUCUUAGCUCAGCUACCUCUCUCCGCGAUCAACUUGCCUGGAGGAAUCCUGCGCCGGCGAACGAGCGCGGAUGAACUGCAGAUACGGACAUUCUUCAGCGAGGGGGAUUUGCUUGUUGCGGAGGUACAAACAGUGCACUCAGAUGGUGCUGCAUCGCUUCAUACUAGAUCACUCAAAUAUGGGAAGCUCCGUAAUGGUGUCUUCCUUGCAGUUGCAGGAACAGGUGGUAGCGGCGCGUCUAGCUCAUCAACAAAAGGCGGUCUUGGAUCUGGAUCGGCAACCGGAGUUGUUCGUUCACGCAGACAGAUGUUCACGAUAACGACUUCCAACGGCGGCGGCGAUGUAGAUCUUGUCUUAGGAGUGAACGGGUAUAUCUGGAUAUCGAAACACGUUGAGGGCACGGCAGCUGCGUCCUCAGCCACGGAGCAUGUAUCGAUUACGCGCAUGGAGGAAAUGGUGUCUAAUUCAGUUUACUCAAGUCAAAAUGACGAGAUCUCGCCGGCCACAAGACGAGAGAUUGCGCGUCUGACUCAAUGCAUCCGUGUGCUUGUCCAGGGAGGACUGCGCGUAGAUGAGGAGACAGUUACGGCGGCAUAUGAUGCCAGUCUCCAGGUUGAUUUGGAGCAGGGCGAUGACUACGAUGAAGAUGGGCGGCAACGCGAAGGACGAGAAUACCUGGAAGGGACCCAGGCGAAGAGAAUCAUUCAACUAGUGACAGCACAGCAGUCUCGCUGA